AUGGAUAGUCGAAUCGAAAACUGCGAAACGUUGACACAGCUUGGAGAGUUGGAAACAGAACUGGGGUCUGAUAUGACCUUUUUCGAAUAUGAAAAAAUCUAUGAACGAAGAAUGGAACUUGUACAGCGAGUUCUUGAAUGGGGCCGAGAGCAUAGGGCCAUGGGCUUGAUUGAAUCCAUUGGGGACAGUUGGACACCGACAGAACGACAGCGUUUUCUCGACAUGUGCAAAGAUGACGAGCCGUUACGGUCGAUAACGUUUGGUAGGGCACCGUACUCGAGAAUAUGAUGUCAAUGUGGACGAGUGAGCAGAGGGCACAGUUUGAGCACGAUUGGGAUGACGAUACUGGGCUUUUUCAGAUGGGUAGAGGAGAGAAAAGAGCCCACGAGGAAGUGAAUGACGACGCUGGACCUAGUGACGAGGUUAGAGAUAACUAUUUUACUGUUACAAACCUUAAACAAGUGAAGGUAAAAAAGUUUAACGCUGUUGGUAGUGAUUAUACCGUUCAAUUCGCGAAUACUUUUGCCCUUCAUGAAAUCUUUGAAAGUUUGCUUGAAACUGUGACCGAAGGUGUUCCACUGCACGAUCAAGUCCGCUUUGUGUUGCGUUCGCCUCAACUAGAAACCCCCAUUUCAUUACCAUUUAUGCUUCGGGAAAGGCUAACCACUGAACGGGUUUUGGCUGAAGUUGAACGUGUUAUACAAUCUAAUCAUGAAUUUCGAUUAAACGAUUCUGUCCAUGUCAAUUUAAUCCAUGUUCAAAUGCCCAAUGGCGGUACUGGUACAAAACGUUGCGAAAUUAAUUUGGAAAAACAUUUGAUGAAAAAGAAUUCAAUUAUUCGUAUUCAGAACAAGGACGACAUUUGUUUAGCUCGUGCUUUAGUUGUUGCCAAGGCCAAAAUUGAAAACGAUAGCCAGUAUAUUUCUAUAAAGGAUUCCCGUAGACCAUUACAAAAACGAUUAGCUUAUGAUUUGCACCAAAAAGCCGGGGUGGAAAUAGGUUCUUGCGGUUUAGGCGAAGUCAAACUUUUUCAAACGUAUUUAUCGGAUUAUCAAAUUAAUAUCGUUUCAAAAGAACAUCAAAAUUCCAUCAUUUUUUCCGGUUCUGACAAAGACAAAAUAAUUUAUUUAUUUUUGCAUGACAAUCACUAUGAUGUGAUUACGAGUAUGCCGGCCUUUUUUGCCAGAAAACGCUAUUGUCAUACCUGUAAAAAGGGGUAUGAUAAAGUUAUUGAUCAUUCAUGCCCUAACUCGUGUAAAUUAUGUUAUUUUCAAAAUUGUCCAAUUGUUUCGUGGCUGCCUUGUGCGGAUUGCAAGCGAAAUUUUAAAGGUCAAGAAUGUUUCGAUCGACAUAAACAAACUGUAGGAAAUGCAAAUCUAUUUGUGGUUCAUUAGUAAAAUGUCCUGAUUGUCAUACUGUUGUAAAACGGGGUAGAAUGGGGCGGCAUCACUGCGGCUUGACUCGUUGCUCGACCUGUAAGGAAUACGUCCCCGCCGAGAAUCAUCAAUGUUACAUGCAACCUGAGAAAGAGAGAAACACGACCGUUAGUGAGGACACUGACCUUCUCGACACCGAGGCACAUGACGGAGAUGAUGCCCCUCAAAGUGGGUACAACGAACUGCUAUUUUUCGACUUUGAGUGUCGCCAAGAAAAUGGAAAUCAUGAACCCAACUUGUGCGUAGUGCAAAACGAGGCCGGUGACGAGUGGGUGUUUGAAGGGGACAAUACGCGGAAUGAAUUUUGUGAAUGGUUGUUCACAAGGGAACAUGCAGGGUGUAUCGUUUUAGCACACAACUUCCAAGGUUAUGACAGCUACUUCAUUCUCCAGUAUUUACAUGAGAACGGCGUAAUUCCCGAAGUGAUUAUGCGAGGUGCAAUGGUCCUUACGUUAUCGGUGCCAAUGUUUAACAUUAAAUUCAUUGACUCGUUAAGCUUCAUACCUAUGAGACUCGCUGACUUCCCCACAACCUUUGGAUUGGACGAACUUGCAAAAGGAUACUUCCCGCAUCUGUUCAACAGAAAGGAAAAUAGGAAUUAUGUUGGACCCCUACCCCCUAGCCAAUUUUACAAUCCUGAUGGAAUGAGUCCUGAGGAGAAGGAAAACUUUUUGGAAUGGCACAAUGGUUUGAGAGAGAACAAUUAUGUGUUCGACUUCCAACAAGAGAUUUUGAUCUACUGUCGAUCUGAUGUCGAUAUAUUACGCCGCUGUUGCCUUGAAUUUCGCGAGUUAUUUCGUGAUGUCACAGAUAUUGAUCAGUUCGAGAAAUGUCUCACUAUUGCAUCGGCCUGUAAUCUUGUUUUCCGAAAGAACUUCCUGAAAGAAAACACUAUAGCCAUCAUUCCCCCUCACGGUUAUCGUCCCAAAGACAAACAAUCCCUCUUGGCUUUGAAAUGGCUUUCGUACAAGGCUGAAAAGGAAGACCUCUACAUUCAACAUGCACGUAAUACAGGAGAAAAGCGUGUUGGCAAUUACCUACUGGACGGUUAUGAUGAAGAAACCAACACGGCCUACGAGAUCAAUGGGUGCUUCUGGCACGGUAAGUUAACUUGAAAGAACGGGUUCCUCGUAUAGACACCGCAAGCAGAAAUAGUAUUGUUUAUUUAUUUAUUUAUUUUUUACAGGAUGUUUGAGAUGCUAUGCUCGGGACACGGUAAAUACAGUCAAUGGUAAGACGAUGCAAGAUCUUCAUCAAGCCACAGUGGAGAAAAUGAGUUACCUGAAGGAUCAUGGUUUUGUGGUGAUUGAAGUUUGGGAAUGUGAUAUUAAGAAAGAACUGGAACAAGAUAAAGAGAUGAAGGCUUACUUCGAUAGCUACGAUCUGGUCGAACCUUUGGAACCGCGUGAUGGCUUCUUUGGUGGGCAUACCAACGCCGCAAAGCUGUUCCACAAAUGUAAAGAUGGUGAGAAAAUAAGGUAAGAUGUAACAAAAAUCAUAGGAACGAUUAUGAAGUCACGGCAUAUAUAUUGAUGACGUCAUUUUUCACUUAGGUAUGUGGAUUUUACGAGUCUUUACCCAUGGUGCAACAAAAUGACUCGGACAGUUGUUGGCCAUCCCCGCAUCAUUACCGAAAAUUUCGAAGAUACCUCGAGGUCUUUUCCACCCGGUCUUACCUUAUCGAACUCAGGGCAAGUUGAUGUUCCCCCUCUGCAAGUUGUGUGCCGAUACGUGCAACCAGACCCCUUGUACCCAUUCCGACAACGAAAGAGCCAUUGAAGGAACGUGGUGUAGCGUGGAGUUGGAGAAAGCAUUGGAGAAAGGCUACCAAGUCCUGCAACUCCACGAGGUAUGGCAUUUCCCUCAACAAUCGGACGAAUUGUUCAAGGACUACGUGAACACAUUCCUUAAAAUCAAACAAGAAGCCAGUGGUUACCCAAAGGACUGUACUACGGAAGAGAAGAAACGGCAGUACGUAGAAGAGUACCUUGCAGUUGAAAGAAUACAGUUGGACCGAAGCAAAAUCGAGCACAAUCCAGGCAUGCGUGCGUUAUCCAAGCUCAUGCUAAACUCGUUUUGGGGUAUGUAUUUUGAACAGUGCAUGUAUUCUAAACGUUUUUUAGGUGGCAUCCGAACCCGUGCAACGUUACCGCUACAAAUACUCAUAAUAUAUUUUUCGCCAUAGGUAAAUUUGCACAACGUCCCAAUAUGACCAAAGUCGAAUUGAUCAGUGACGUGCAAACGUUUCUCGACUAUUUGACCUCGGACGAGAUCAACGUUCUCAAUGCAAAUUUCGUAAGCGAUGAAGUGAUUGAGAUCCAUUACGAAAACAACGAGAAUUCUGUAGCGCCAAACUCCAAGACCAAUGUGGUCAUCGCCGCCUUUACAACCGCCUAUGCGCGACUCAAGCUUUACGGAGUGCUGGACGAAUUGCAAGAAAGAGUAUUGUACUACGAUACUGACUCUGUGAUAUUUGUCAGUAAACCGGGAGAACCAGAGCCUCCGAUAGGUCCAUAUCUCGGUCAACUAACUGAUGAAUUGAAAGAAGGACAUAUUACAACCUUCAUUUCGGGCGGACCGAAGAAUUACUGCUAUCGGACCAGUUCCAACAAAGUGGAGACGAAAAUACGCGGUAUUACGUUGAAUUGCACCGCAAGGCAAAUGGUGAACUUUGAUGUUAUACGUGAAUUAGUACAUUUGCACGCAGUAUGUAAUGUGAACAAUAAG